CCAACAUCGACAUUUCUCUUUUGGUCAUCAUUUUGCAUUUCAUUGCAUUACGUGCCAUUGCUGCAAAGAGACUCUCACAAGAGGUCAGAACACGGACAGUAAUCACGCUGAUCCCGUGUCGUCCAUAUUUAUUUGUUUGUCUCGUAUGGUAUGCUUGAUCCUCUGAUUAGGCUAUGGAUUUUUAGUGGUUCGUAUGCAUCAUGUCGGAGGUCGUAGGACUGUCCGAGUCCAUCAAUCAAGCUAUACAAGAAUUCUUCGCACGGUUGUCAUCAGAGCAUGUCGCCAAUGGCAUAGCAAAACCCGUCCUUCGAGUGGAGGCUUUUCUCCAAGACGGCCAAGAUGCCACUGCCGAACAGCCUGUCAUAUCUCACCACCUAGGCUCGAGAAUACUUGAUUUGUCUCAUGUGCGAAGUUCCUUGACCCCAAAACCCCCAUCAACUCAAACAGUUUUGACUGACGGAACACACGACGUUUCCGACCGGCAACAACCAUUGACGUCAGAACAGUCAGAAGUGAUCUCGUCAUCGUCACCAGGGCAUGAACGUAGAUACGGAUCGAAGCAUCUGCGACCACUACCAUCAGUCCGCCGCGAUGAAGACAAAGUGCAGCCGAUUUCAAGGAAACCUACAGGAGGUCUUCGACUUGCUCCAGCUCUGAAGUCGCUUACUCAAAACGAUCCUGUGGAAGAUUCCCAGAGACAGCUGGCCUUAGACUAUCAUACCUUUCCCAAACGGCGUAAGAUCCGUCCGGAAACUCAAUGUAUGCAGCCAUCAAGUUUGGACAAAUUGGUCAUAGGGAUCUGGGAACAGCUUCAUGGAAGUAUCAACUUGGAUCCUCACUCCAUUCUCGACUCAUAUCGGCUAUCCCUUGACCAACCAAAAAAUGGAUCUAUUGAAUUCGCAAACGGCAUCCCCUCCCACUUAGUAGCAGCGAAUGACACUUUCUCUCAGAUGAGUGUAUUUUGUCGCAAAGUUACUCAAGCGAGUCGUGCUUGUAGGUCAGUCGAACUCAUUGUGCAGACUCGAUGGAUGGAGCAUUUCGACGCGAGGGUAGAAGCGCUCGCGUGUGCCACGCCUGAAAUCUCAAUCAACAAACAUCGUAAAGCUGCAAUCAUGGAAGCCUGUCAACAUUUUGGCUGGACCGAGAAAGAGCUUCGAAACAAGACGGCGAUCUGGCGCGGAUAUCAAGAAGUCAAGGAGGCUGGCGGAUGGGCUGCUUUGGUAUUCUCAGGUAUGGGAUUAUAUCGGUUCUGCAAGUAUCGCGUAGGGUUCGACAAGGAGGCGAUGCAGCGUCUUCGAAAUCUACGAAGUCGAUUCGAGGUUGCAGCCGAUACAUUGCAUCCUCAUUGGCGGCACCUUCUAUCCAUUAUUGGGGAGCGUUCAGACCACAUAUACGAGGGCCACCAACAUGACUGGGUAGUUUUCGAGAGUGGCGACGACCCGAUCCCUCUAAGAGCUACGUAUCUACAGUGGGACCCUCAAUUCACAUUUGAGCAUAUUGACGAGUCCAUUGUAGAUGAGACAGCCUGGGGUUGCGAAGACCCUCGGUGGCUUGCACCCACGAACCCAGGGGCGCCAAACAAACACAUCUGCCGUACGUGCACUGGGAGCCAGUCUGACAAUCCAAAGGAUAACGACUGCCAUUGUUUUCCGAAUCUAUUCGGAAGUUCAAAACGAAAUCCAGUACCAGUACAAGUCAUGAGAACACACAAUGGCAAGAACAAUGGUCUUGUAGCGCUUGUGCCUUUUGAGCGAGGCACGUCAAUUGGAGAGUUUACGGGCUUGCUCACGCAUUCCCUCGCGAAUACGGACGUCAUGACCGCUACCUCACCCAGUACAAAUCGUAUCUUCCAGAUAUAUCAGAAACGAUACGGAAACUAUACACGCUUCGUUAACCACUCAUGUAAUCCCAACGCCCAAUUCCAGCAAUUCGCUUGGAUGGACACUGUUCGCGUGGUCCUUGUCAGCAAAGGCAUUGCAGUCGGAGAAGAAGUCACUGUCGACUAUACCGAUCGAUAUUGGGGAGGACUGGAUAAAGUAUGUCUUUGUGGAGAGCCAUGUUGCCGGUACAAGACAAAACGACUGCGUUCUGGAACCGAAAUGAACGAGCACGGAGCGCCACAGCUAUUGGAGGGCGUGCAUUAGUGAUAUUUCUUCCCUCUGCGAUAAAGAUUCGCCAUUGUUCUACAGAAAGUCACCGAAACAAAUAUGACAAUGCGGAGAUUUAUCACUGUUCGGUGGAGACGUUGUUU